UGUAAUCGGAUCGCGGCUUAACGCGCACUUCCAUCCACACGCGGCUGAGAAGCGGAUCGGAGCGGACGAGCUGGAGGGCCGCGAACACGAAGCCCACUUGCCGCGGAGCCGAGCGGCCGGAUCGCGCUUGGGAUCACAAAAAGAGACCGCUGUCGGUCGGCCGGCCGGCAUGAGCUCCUAGCCCCCCGUCCCUGUACUCCCGAAGACAGAUGGCUUCUCGGACCCCGCUGCGGGACACGGGGCACAGACGGACGGGCGGCGCUCACAUGGAUCUAUUGGCCCCGUUAUUCGGAUUUUUACUGCAGCCUUUCGUGGUCUCCGUGGUGGUGGGACAAGGAGGUACGCCAUGUGGAGGCAGGCUGAAUGCCAGGGACGCCGGGUACAUCACGUCGCCAGGGUACCCGCACGAGUACCCGCCCCACCAGCGCUGUGAGUGGGUCAUCACGGCGCCCGAAGCCUCCCAGCGCAUCGUUCUCAACUUCAACCCUCACUUUGAGCUCGAGAAGCUGGACUGCAGAUACGACUUCAUCGAAGUUCGAGAUGGCGACAACGAGUCGACGGAGCUCCUGGGGAAGCACUGCAACAACAUCGCCCCGGCGUCCAUCACCUCCUCGGGGCCCGCCAUUUACAUCAAGUUUGUGUCGGACUACGCCCACCAGGGGGCGGGCUUCUCGCUGCGCUACGAGAUCCAGAAGACAGGUUCCGACUGUUCCAGAAACUUCACGAGUCUGAAUGGCGUCAUUGAGUCACCCGGGUUCCCCGACAAGUACCCCCACAACCUGGAGUGCCUCUUCAUCAUCGUGGUGCCCCCCAAGAUGGAGGUCUCCCUGAAGUUCACCACCUUCGACCUGGAGAACGACCCCCUGCAGAUUGGCGAGGGCGACUGCAAGUACGACUGGCUGGAGGUCUGGGACGGCCUGCCUCAGGUGGGCCCUCUGAUUGGCCGCUACUGCGGAGUCAAGAUGCCCCCGGAGUUCCAGUCGUCGACGGGCGUGCUGUCCCUGUCCUUCCACACUGACAUGGCGGUGGCCAAGGACGGCUUCUCGGCCCGCUACAGCAUGACAGCAAGGGAGGUGACGGACUCUUUCCACUGCAGCAGCCCCUUUGGCAUCGAGUCAGGGAAGAUCACGGAUGAGCAGAUCACGGCGUCCUCGACCUUCUAUGACAACCGCUGGCUGCCACAGUUCGGGCGCCUCAACAACGACAACAACGCCUGGACGCCCAAUGAGGACACGAACCGGGAAUACAUCCAGGUGGACCUGCUCUUCCUCAGGGUGCUCACGGGCAUUGCCACCCAGGGUGCCAUCUCCAAGGAGACGAGUAAUGUCUACUACGUCACCUCCUUCAAGCUGGAGGUCAGCACCAACGGGGAGGACUGGAUGAUGUAUCGCCAUGGCAAGAACCACAAGGUGUUCCACGCCAACACGGAUCCCACGGAGGUAGUCCUCAACCGCAUCCCCCAGGCUGUCCUGGCACGCUUUGUGAGGAUCAGACCCCAGGCGUGGCACAAAGGCAUCGCCCUGCGCUUCGAGCUCUAUGGCUGUCAGAUCACCGAUGCCCCCUGCUCUGAAAUGCAGGGCAUGCUGUCCGGUCUCAUCCCCGACUCCCGGAUCACGUCGUCCUCGGCCUGGGAUAUCCACUGGUCUCCGGGGUUCACUCGGCUGGUGGCCAGUCGCUCCGGCUGGUUCCCCGAGAAGCCGCACCCACUGCCCGGAGAGGAGUGGCUACAGGUGGACCUGGGGGUGCCCAAGAUGGUUAAGGGGGUGAUCAUCCAGGGUGCCCGCGGAGUUUCAGUCAAUCCGGGCAGCACUGCAGCCGAGAACCGCGCCUUCGUCAGGAAGUUCCGCGUCGCCCAUAGCAUGAAUGGCAUCGACUGGGCAUUCAUCACUGAUACAAAACUCAUGCAGCCUAAGGUCUUUGAAGGGAAUGUGCACUACGACACCCCGGAGAUUCGGCGAUUUGACGCCACGCCUGCACAGUACGUCCGGAUCUACCCGGAGCGAUGGUCACCUGCAGGCAUUGGCAUGCGGCUGGAGAUCCUGGGCUGCGACUUGCUGGAGACGUCUUCGACCGCAGACACGCUGACCGCCACGCCGCGGCAGGAGGACACAGUUAGCAAGUAUCCAUGUAACGCUGACCCCAAAGGCUGCCCUGUGCUCACCAAGGUGGAUGCUGAAGUCUUCGACUUCUUUGAAACCUUCAGCUGCGAGUUUGGCAUGGCGGAGAAGAACGACCUGUGCGGCUGGACACACGACCCCUCGUCCAACUUCAACUGGGGCUUCUACCCGCGCAACGCUGGCAGUACGCUGGACACCCGCCUAGGCCAGGACCACAUCGUGCCUCUAAAUGGGAGUGGCAAUUUCCUCCAUGUUGAAGCGAGCCCAAAGACCAGCGGGCAGAGUGCCAGGCUGCUGAGCCCUCUGGUGCCACCCGACGAAGGCCCCCUUUGUGUCGUCUUCUGGUACCAGAUGAGGGGCUCCAAAGUGGGCGCACUUCGCUUGUCCCUGAAGAAUGCAGGCGAGCAGACCCCGCUAUGGAUUGUGAAGGGAGACCAAGGAACAAGCUGGAAGGAAGGACGGGCCAUCCUGCCGAGAUCUCCGUUGGCAUACCAGAUUGUGUUGGAGGCAGAAAUGGGCCUGGCGAGCAAAGGUGACAUCGCAGUGGACAGCAUCCACCUGUCAGCCCACAUCCCACUCAACAAGUGCUCAGUGCCCCUGAUCGCCUUUGUCCCUGAAGGGGGUAUCCUUCCCGGAGGGACUGAGCCCACGGUGGGCUCUGUGGCAGUGCAGCCUGUGCCCAGCUACUGGCUUUACGUGGUGGUCGGGGGAGGGGCUCUCCUCUUGCUGGCCGUUGCCACACUUGCCCUGGGGCUCUACUGUCACCGGUCCCGCUUUGCGGCCAAGAAGAGCCAGCACAUUGUCACCUACCAAAGCUACGGCCCGUUCCUUAGCAACUCGGCGCCAGCGGUGGAGCCCACCCUGUCCGUGAGGCUGGCAGAGGAGCGGCAGCCCUCGCGCUGCUGAGGAGAGGAUGGACAUGGAACCGUUGACCAGGCACUGGGGCUGCCCUCCUGUGGACACGUGACAUUGGGUGGCAAUGAAAGGAGGCUGCCAGCUGCCAAAUCUGCCCGGCCCUGCGCCAUGCCGUCUGGACAUGCACGCCCACUGGAAUGCUGCUUUCUGCGCCCAAACGAGGGGUACCCUGCUGCCCGGGACCGUAGGAUGAUACUGCAUUCAAUGCAGAAACCCCCAGAGCUGUGCCGACCGAGAAGGAGGACCUUUUGAUUCAGGACUCGGGGGGGCAUUUGCUCCGUGCUCAUGUUUACAUUUUGGUGCCAUGUGUGGUCUCUCACAUGAAGCUGGCCUUAAAGUGACAGCUGUGCCAACGCGCACGUUCUGCUUAUCUGCACUCCGCCUUUGCUUGCUGCAGCUGUGGGAUGGGCACUGCCCUGCAGAAACCCCUGAAGCCACUAGGGUUUCCAGCCAUCACCUUCAGUACUGGCACAGGCAAAGCUGAGGUGGCACCCUGCUGCUGCUGCCCCUAAGUGCUGGUUAUCAAUCUGGUCAAAGUGGGCACCUCGGUCCAUGUUGCCUUCAUCUCGCUGUCUGCAGGGCAGUGCCAAGGGUGCUGUGAAUCUCAGGUGCUACUUUGCUGCUGAGGUGGCAUCUGCCUGUUUGCGCCGUGCCACUCAGGGUUCGUUUGUGUCUCCGGCUGUGAAUGCGGCGCCCCCUGGGAUGUCUCGUGUACAGUGCAAUAAAGAUAUUUUUCUAGA